GGCGAGGGCACCCGUCACGAAGGUCCUCAGCCCCUCUGGGAGAAAUCAGGGUUCACUGGGUUGGCCCCACCCUACAACUGUCCAUUCCUCUCACAUCUUAGGAAACCGAGCCCUCUCCCCAGCAGUUCCUCUCUAAGUGUUGCAAUGGCAGAGUUUCUGGCGGGGCGUGGGGAGCCCUUGCUCAAUGAUCUGCCUGCCCUGUUGCUCAGAGGACAUAGCUACCGGGAAAGCCUUGGCUUGUUUAGGGGCUCCCCAAGGGAUCCUGGUGGCCCUGGCUUCUGGCCUGGGCCUUUUUUGACGUGGGGGUAGGAACCAGCUCUGGAGGUCUCUGGCCCCUCCUGAGGACCAUGCCGCAGCCCCACUGACCCAGGAGUAGGGGCCUGAGGGCAGGGCACCUGGAAUGGGCUGUGUGUUCUGCAAGAAGUUGGAGCCGGGGACCAAGGAGGAUGUUGGCCUGCAAGGGGACUUCAGGGGCAGUGGGGCUGUGGACCACUAUGGCCCUGACCCUACUCAGGCCCGGCCUGUGUCCUCCUUUGUCCAUAUCCCCAACUACAACAACUUCCCCACUCAGUCCACCAGCACCCCCUUCCUCGAUGGGGGCGUCAUCAGGGGCAUCUCAGGGGCUGGGGUGACCCUGUUCACCGCUCUGUAUGACUAUGAGGCCCGGACAGAGGAUGACCUCACCUUCACCAAGGGUGAGAAGUUCCACAUCCUGAAUAACACUGAGGGUGACUGGUGGGAAGCUCGGUCUCUCAGCUCUGGACAAACUGGCUACAUUCCCAGCAACUACGUGGCCCCUGUGGACUCCAUCCAGGCUGAAGAGUGGUACUUUGGAAAGAUCGGGAGGAAGGAUGCGGAGAGGCAGCUGCUCUCCCCGGGGAACGCCCGGGGGGCCUUCCUCGUUCGUGAGAGUGAGACUACCAAAGGUGCCUACUCCCUGUCCAUCCGAGAUUGGGACGAGGCCAGAGGCGACCAUGUGAAGCAUUACAAAAUCCGCAAGCUGGACACGGGUGGCUAUUACAUCACCACACGGGCCCAGUUCAACUCAGUGCAGGAGCUGGUGCAGCACUACGUUGAGGUGAACGAUGGGCUAUGCCACCUGCUCACAGCGGCCUGCACCACCAUGAAGCCGCAGACAAUGGGCCUGGCCAAGGACGCCUGGGAGAUCAGCCGCAGCUCCAUCACGCUCCAGCGCCGGCUAGGCACCGGCUGCUUCGGAGACGUGUGGCUGGGCAUGUGGAAUGGCAGCACGAAGGUGGCGGUGAAGACGCUGAAGCCGGGAACCAUGUCCCCGAAGGCCUUCCUGGAGGAGGCGCAGAUCAUGAAGCUGCUGCGGCACGACAAGCUGGUGCAGCUGUACGCCGUGGUGUCGGAGGAGCCCAUCUACAUCGUGACAGAGUUCAUGUGCCACGGUAGCUUGCUGGAGUUCCUCAAGGACCAGGAGGGCCAGAAUUUGACACUGCCCCAGUUGGUGGACAUGGCAGCCCAGGUAGCUGAGGGCAUGGCCUACAUGGAGCGCAUGAACUAUAUCCACCGCGACCUGAGGGCAGCCAACAUCCUUGUUGGGGAACGGCUGGUGUGCAAGAUCGCUGACUUCGGGCUGGCCCGUCUCAUUGAGGAUAAUGAGUACAACCCCCGGCAAGGGGCCAAGUUCCCUAUCAAGUGGACAGCCCCAGAGGCUGCUCUCUUUGGCAGAUUCACCAUCAAGUCAGAUGUGUGGUCCUUUGGGAUCCUGCUCACUGAACUCAUCAGCAAGGGCCGAGUUCCCUACCCAGGCAUGAAUAACCGGGAAGUGUUGGAACAGGUGGAGCAUGGGUACCACAUGCCAUGCCCUCCGGGCUGCCCAGCGUCCCUGUACGAGGCCAUGGAGCAGACCUGGCGUCUGGACCCAGAGGAGAGGCCUACCUUCGAGUACCUGCAGUCCUUCCUUGAGGACUACUUCACCUCCACAGAACCCCAGUACCAGCCUGGGGAUCAGACAUAACCUGUUUGAGCAUCAGUCACCUUUCUAGGGUACCCACCAAUCCCUUCCAAUCCCCAGGGCUCCAGUCCCAAAGCCCCAGGCUUAGAACCCUACAGGGUCCUAGCAGGUCAGAGCAACCUGCUUGCUCUGACAUCAUCGAGGCCAAUCCACUCAUUUUAAAGGUGGGGUAAAUCGAGGCUUGGAGAUCAUCCCUCACUCUGGCCCCAAGCACUGUUUCUCCCCUUCCUACUUAGACCCCUACCUCUCAACUCUCUUCCCACCUCUCCUCUAACAGAAAUGCUUAGACUUAGUCUAGUUAUUUAUAAAACUGUAUAUCCUUUCCCUCAUUUUCCUCCUAUCCCUGUUUUUUUUACCCUGUCAUCCCGCCCUGAAUUCACCUCCAACUCAAUUCUCUUGUGUCUGUAUUUUGCAAAGACAGGGAAAGUCUUUCCUGCUGGGUGGACACUGUAGUCCGGGACCGGGGUCCAAGCCCAGGGUGAGGGAGAGGCUUGCUGAGGGCUCACCACCUCUCUGAAUCAUGUGUGUGUUUAUUGAUUUUGUAAAUAAGAAAAGUGAUAAUAUGAA